CAAUCAACUCCGCCACGACGUAAAGUAGUACAUUGCGUCACAUGCCGAACAGCUGCCGGAGAGACGGACAAGAGAAAGACGGAGAGACCGAAACGUGAGACAAUUGAGACAGCGGCAACAUCAACUCAACUCCAGCGAUACCCGCGCAAGUCACAUGCAGGACAGGACAAGGCCAACUCUUUUCAUGAUUUUCUGCAUCAGGACUCCUUAAUCGUGACGUCUUCAAGGAACGGCAAUCACUCUCCCCGCCUCCCCUACAAGCGAGCGAUCACGAACGAUUAUGCCUUCGCCUCCCUACAGAUAGUCCCUGCGUUGUUGUAGGCGCUCUCCAAAGUGUCACCUCACCGCCCACCCCGUGGUCCUGUAGAUGGAGAUGGCAUUCCGCUUCCCUUUUCCGGUCAACGACGCACGUAUGCACCGCGAGGAGGAGCUGACUCUGGCGAGAGUCGCGUCCCAGCGCGGCAGCAACCGGCCGUCUCCCCUAGACACCCCUUUGCCGCUUGAGGCACAAAAGGAGGUUUCCGCCGAGUCCUCGACGGUUUCUCCUUUACCGACCACCAAGAGGAGAUGGGUUUUUGCUGACCCAGUGGCUUUCAGAUAUUUAGAAAGCGAUCCGUCCGUCACCGUCCUCGAGCGAAGGGGGGUCCUGCAGGGCUACGAGCUCUACCUAGUCGAACAAUGGGCUUGUUCACGAAAAUCGCCGACGUUGGUCAUCGUUACAUAUACGGGUGACCCGAAGCAUUCGGUCGUCGUCGGGGUGCUGGCCGUCCCAGCAGACGAGAGCAUAUGGUCGAACCGCCUCCGAUUCUACUUCAAGGCCAUCCAUCAGUACCAUGCACGUCCCAAGGAGACACCCUUGGGCGACGUCAUGGUCACGAACCUCAGCAGCUUCCCGUCAGCUCUGACAGUCAUACCGGUCCCCGAGGGCGACAUCCGCACUCAUCGCCAGGCCUUCAUCGUCAACGAGAAUCUCAAGCGCCUGGGAUGCUCUGGGCGAUCUGGCAUGAAUCUUUCGGACCCCACUCCCGCGACUCAGGCCAAAUUUUACCAGCUGUACAGGACAAGCGAGAAGGUCCCCUUUGCACAGUCGGUGGUAGAAUUAGUCAAACUGUGUCAAGUAUCCCUGUUCAUGUUCGGGAAGCUGGACAUGGAAUACAUUGACGGCCUAUUAUGUGACAAGACGGAAGAGUCAAUCGGGAACUGGUGGACAGAGAUUGGCGCCGAAUCCUACAAUGUCGAGCCGACAGACGGUAUACUGGGGCCGACGACCGUGGCGGCGCUGCUAGGCUUGUUGAUGGGUGCGAGGAACCGGCUGCAUUACUACGGCGCACCCGUCUCCAAGGAUGUUUUUGACAUUGAAAGCACGAAAAGGGGCAUCGGCUACUUCCAGAAGGCAUACAAGCUCGAGCGGACGAGGCGACUGGAUCGCCAGACUAUUCUCAAGCUGCAUGCUGUCACGGCAAAAGCAGCCGCUGGCGAAGGAUGGGGCGUGCAAAAGGCUGUCAAGUCCACCGUCGCCGAAAUCGGCGGUAAAAGGGGCGAGCUCGUCAUCGGCAUGGUCGGCGGGAAAGACAAGGCCGGCAUAGCCGACAUCGAGACCGUCGACAUUGAUAAAUUCAUUGCCCUGGCGUACGGCGAGCGCGCAAAGUGGCUCUGGUAUGGGAAACCCAGGAGAGCAGUGUCCGAGCUUCAGGAGAAGCCAACAGACGUAGCGCAGCCACUGUUCGGAAAGGACGAGGUGGCUUCGCCGCCAGGAAAACGGACACAAUCCUUGCCUUUAGAAGAGGAGCUCCAACGGCAGAAGGAAGACUCGCCUGGUGUCUAUUCGACUCCGGCACCUGCUUCAACUGUUAGUGUGGUUGAUAACCCGGCAGAGAAAGACGCGCUUAGGAAAACGGUCUUUAAAUCCGUUGCUGGCAGAGUGAGUGACGCCAAGUCUGGGCUGGGUCGCAUCAAGGACGUCGUCGGUACCGGCUUGAGAGGGCAUGCGAGCCGUCCUAGCAGAGACGACUUUGGCGAGAACGGAUACAACGGCGCGUCAGGUAUCUCCGCCCUGGCGCAGUCUUCGGCGGCUUUGUCGUCCCCGGUCAUGGUUGGUAGGGCCUUCACGUGGAAGAACAAGCCGGAAGAGUAUCUGACUGCCUUUAAAAAAGAGGCAGAUAUUGCGCAGGAGCUGCGGGGGCCAUCACAAGAACUCGAAAAGGUCCCGGGGGCAACCAAGCCAAUCCGCGAAGUGUCAGACCCCGCCUCGGCGCAUGCUGAGGGGGACUACCCGACACCUCCUAACGGGCCGGUGAAAGAUGAACUUGUUCGGGUUCAGACGUCGGUGGCCGGAUCUGUGGUCGACGAAGCCGACCUCCACGGUCCCUUCGAAGCAGAGCGCACCAGCAACACUGCCGUGAGCUUCCUCCAGCGCCGGCACAGCAUCGCUGUCUCGAGACUUUCGUACAAGCACCCCCUAAACGAAGCUCGCUGGCCUAGACGGCUCUCUUUUGGAGAUGCCGAGGAAGCGGUUUUGCGGUGGGAGGAGAUCACAGAGCUCUACGACGACAAACACUUUUCCACGGCCGACGCCUUGCAGCAACAGGUCAGUCUUGCCGAAUUCGCCCGAAGCCUGUAUGACUCCAUCGCGACCAUAAAGCGCGAGGUCAACCCUUGGGUCGAGUCCAAGGUUAAGGCCGUGGACUCUUUGGACGAGCACUACAGCCGCGAACAGGAAGAUCUGCAGAACCUCUACUACCAGCUCAGCGAGGCGUAUCACCGCGUCAAGCAAAGCUCGACGGAGCUCAUCGCAGAGGAGCGGGCGCAUAUCACCGAGGCGAUUAAGGAGGUUGAGGUGCUCGUAGCGCGGCUCGAGUACGAGAUCAACGGGCUUGUGAGCAAGGUCGAUGACGUCGAGGAUGGCGUCAGGCUGUUCGAGAGGCAGGUUGAGGAUGUAGAGAAGCGCGCGGAAGAGCUUAAGGCGACUCUUGAGACGGAGAGCUGGGCGCACUGGUUCGUCAGGACGCUGACGGGGAUCGGCACGGGACCCAACAUUACAAGGGGACGGUAGACGACCCGGAGGCUGAAGGAGGGGAGGGUGGGUAUUGAGGCUGCAUAGCGUGAUUCAUUAUUAUACUGCUGUCAUCGGGGGAAAUACCCAGCAAGGAUUAUCUUUCAUCUAUAGUUCCGGCAAUGGCUACGAGACGCCAUGUAAUCACGGCGAGGAGGUUUACUCGCUCACUCGCCGCCGACCGAGACAGAUGGCUGUUCUAUGGGUCAAUUACAAAUAAUAUCCAAACGGCCCAACGUACAAAAGAAUAUGGCCUCUGUCAUAUCAAUACUUCUGAGACAAGUUCUUGUCACGAAUCAAGAAGGGAAGUUAUGGCGCAAGGUUGAGAUGGUUUGGUGAUGCCGAGUAACUGUUGGACGGAUCUGGAUGGAUUUUGGGUGCCGCAUUGUGUUGAACAACUGUCCACCGGCCCUGAAGGACACUCCAACCUCAUAUCUCGUGGGGGGGAAGGGGGAGUGGUAUGAAGGACUCUGUAUGCCU